CGCUCGGCUCGCCUCAUGGCCCGGAGAGGCCCAGUUUCAAUCCCUUCGCGAUGCUUCUCCGCCACUCCGUUCAACUUCGUGUCGGAAGAUCCCCCGUUGCCUCCUCUCCCAAGGGACCCUCGUCCGGACGAGCUCCCCCCCGCCCCGGAAUACUCGCCAGAUCUUCUGAGCAAGGAGGAACGGUCGAUGUACGAUUUGAUGGCUCCCGAGGAACGGGCACAGUUCGAUGCCCAGAACCAGCAGAUGGUUAAGGAUUUCAACGAUCCCAAAAAGCGAUCAGCGGCAUUCGCGGAGCUUGAGAAGAGCGUGAACCAGAUCGACAAGCAAAUACCCAUGAGUUUCCAAUCAAAAGAUAAGCCGGGUCACUUCUGGGGUGAUGAGGAAGACGAUGAGUUCGCUAUAGUCGAGGAUGCGGACGAAGAGUUCAACGACGAUGAAAUCACGUCCAUGGCCCACGCGGAGGUUGAGCAGCACCGCGAGAUCAGAGAAUACGCCCGAAUUGCCGCUUGGGAUAUGCCUUUGCUGAGCAAGCUCGCGCAGCCCUUCACCCUCCCUCCCCAAUCCCACAUCCUUCGUUUCCGCUACACCACAUACUUGGGUGAACAGCAUCCCGCAGAGAACAAGGUCGUUGUCGAGCUCGCCUCCAAGGAUCUGACCCCGACGCACCUCUCCGAACAGCAGCGCCAGACUUUCCUCAAACUCCUUGGACCCCGUUACAACCCGGACACCGACAUUGCCCGGAUCUCCUGCGAGAAGUUCAACACCCGUGCCCAGAACAAACGGUACCUCGGUGAUCUCAUUGAAAGCCUGGUCAAGGAGGCCAAGGAAGGAGACGCGUUCACCGACAUCCCUCUCGACCUCCGCCACCACAAGCCCAAGCCCAAGCUCAGGUUCCCCAGCGAAUGGGCCAUGACCCCUGAGCGAAAGAAGCAGCUGGAUGCCCGGAGAAGAGAGAGAGAGUCCCUCCAGCAGGAAAGAGCCGCCAUUGUCGAUGGCAACGCCGUCGUAGCACAGGCGGUCAAGAGUCUGCCUUCGCUGAACCCUGCGUUGAACGCGCGGGCAACCGAGGAGCGAGAGCGCGUUGCUGUCAAGGUGGCUGGCAAGGGACAGAAGAAGAGAUUACGGUGAGGGGUGAUGGACAUCAUGGAUACAGUGUAACUUUUUUACUUUUUCUUUUUACGGAUGUUUUGAACUGUUCUAAAACGUCAGGGGCGGGCGCAACUCCAGAAGGUCAUGUAGACUUCUUAUUUAUCCCAAUGUAUUAUACUCCUUCAUUUCUGUCAUGUUGGAUAAUCAAAGAUUACUUUCAACGUCAGUGUCUACACUAGAUAUACUGUCAUGUCUGAUACCGAAGAGAACGAUUAUUGAAAUUCAAAACUCCAUUGUUCGAUCGUAC